AUGUUUUUCACGGAUGCUCUCGUCAACGAACAUUCUCCUGAGUCAUUUCAGCUCUGCAGCAUGGGCUUGAUGCCUAAGGCCAGGACUGCAUUUGCAAAGCGGCGUAAUGUUAACAGGCUUCCAUGGGAGAUCCUAUCAUACAUUUUUCUUUAUUCGACACAUUCGUCCGACAAUUCGCCUCAUCUGCGCAUGUUGAUGCCUCUCUGGUUAUCUCACGUCUGCUCACAGUGGAGAACUAUAAGCGUAUCCACCGCUCAGUUGUGGACGACACUUUCCUUGCAGAGUGCGGUGACCUCUACCAGUCGACAACGUACCGUCGUUUUCCUUGAGCGCUCCAAAACCUGCCCGCUCGAUCUCUACCUGGACUUUCGCGAUCCUUCGUGGUGUUGGGCCGAAGAUGAUCACAUCUUCAGUCCGAGAGACAUGUCCAACAUCCUCGACCUACUUCUGCCCGUCGUGUCGCGCUGGCAAGUGGUCACGCUGCUCACAGAUACCUGGGCACCGAUCCAUUUAUUCCUCUCACGAACGUCAUCUAUCGCUGCGCCCUCGAUGCUCCGAGAGAUAUCCCUUUUCCGCUGCAAUGCUUACUUUGUUCGUAGAGGUCAGCCAUUCUUGCCCCUCGCCCUGCGGGAACCGGUGAGGCUUUUUGACGGUAGGCUCACGGGUCUGCGCCACGUUACUCUCGCGGGGGUGCACGUCGACUGGUCGAGGUCCUCUCUAUGUAACCUGAGAAGCUUGGAGCUGAAGUACCAUGCUUAUGAUGUCACCCCGUCUCUGGUCGAGCUCUUGACGAUCUUGAGGGACUGUAGGAGUCUUGAACGUUUGGCUCUGGUCGGGUGGAUGGCGAGGUCAGACAAUGGUCAGGAUGAUGUGAAGUUCCUAUACCCUUCCUCUGAAGCGCUGUCACUGUCAGGCCUUACGGAGUUAGAGGUUGGUUUCGUAGACGCCGAGAAUGCUGCUCGGGUGCUCUCGCUUCUUUCCUUCCCUUCCCUCGUGGAUCUAUGUCUGCAAGACAUCGCAGCUUCACUCGAACCUUUCAAGGAUCCUAAAGACUGCGACGCGCUACUGCAGCACUUGUCAACCACUAGGUAUCUCCAUAAUAUCCAAUGCCUGCGACUGGAUCGAAUCCAAGCAAGCGAAAUGUCCACUUCCACCUUCCUUUCGGCAUGCCGUCUUCUGACGCGCCUCACGUUGGAGCGGGUAGACAACACUGUUCUCGGGUCCAUUAAGAAGUUUCACCCUGGAGCGAGUGAUGCAUCAGAUGCGGCAGCGCUGGCGUGCCCGCAUUUGGUGGAUUUACGCGGCCGGGACGUGGACGUAUCCUUCUUCGUCGAGUGUGCACUUUGGCGCGCCAGCGUGCCUUCCUCCAAGGCACGUCGAUUGCAGACAGUGGCUAUCGAGCUCUGCGGUGAACGCUCCGGCGACGCAGUCACCGAUGUCGUAUACGAGGCAUUCGCCCUCAUGGGAAUAAAGCUCUCAGUGGUAGAGGAUGAGGACUGCGGUUGGUCUCGUCGAGGUAGCUUGGCCAGCGUUGGCCCUUUCGGAAGGUACUAUGGUGGCGCCUCCUCCGCGUCUUCAAAGGAAUUCCCAAUAUCCGGAUCACUUACUGCUGAGAUCGUUGAUAAUGUCGUAGACGUGGUGCAGUCUCUAAAAGCGGAAGGGAAUCAACAUUUUGCGAACAAGCGAUACAAGGAAGCUACUGGCAUAUAUACAUCAAUCAUCCAAGAGUAUAGUGACAAGGCGUCUGCUGGCGUCAUCCUAACCGUGCGAUGCAACAGAGCGGCGUGCCACAUGGAAUUAGAAGAACACACGGAAUGCGAAAACGACUGCAUAGAAGUCAUCAAAGGCGAGGAGCACGUACCUACUUCUGUUUUGCGGAAGGCCUACUAUCGUCUUGCCCGAGCUCUCCAUGCUCGUGGAAAGUUCGACGAGGCUCUGGAGGCUCUGGCUGAUCUACGCAGCAUAAAUCCUGCAUUCGAUCCUUCCGAGAAGGCGCUCCGUGAAGAGAUAGAGUGUGUCAAGGCGAAGAUGGAGCGGGAUCAGCGCAUUCAGAAUAUACCGAACGAAGAUUACGAAGAGACCCGGAGGAAGGUGACAGGCGAAGCCAACUCUGGUCUGCAGGGGGCUUCUGUCCCUUUCCAGUAUGAAGUCCACAUCGGCGGGGACGUCAUUCACUUCACUGAUAACGUCCCGGUCGCCCUUACCACACCAUACUCCCCGGAGGUGCCCACGAAACGGUUCUUAGCGCAGCUCACUAUCAAGUAUCAGAAGGACCUCAUGCGGAGGAAGGCAUGGAAAUGCUGGGACUGUCCUAAACCUGCCGUCAGCAUGGUCCAUACGCCCAUGUCCUAUCUGCACAAAAGCCCCCCUCUCGUGGUGGACUUCGCGCAGCCUGUUUGCGAGAAUGGGGGCCGUUGCGACAAAGAAGCGAGAAUUUUCAUGGCGGACACUAUGCUGGAAAUGACCGGGCGUCUACGUGUUCCUGCCUCGGACGGAUCUGAAGUUGCGGUUACACUCAAAGCUGCGUGUAUACCAUGGAGGCCAGGGUAUUCGAUGCUGCUAGAACGCACCCGGUUUCUCUUCGCUGGCACCGUCACAUAUGGGCCACGGGUUUUUCAUUCCAAGAACGAGCUUGUAUUAGGCCUGGCCUGUGCUAUUGGUACAUGGUCUUACACGGGGUAA